CCGCCUCAAGGGGGGAGUGGUAACCCCCAGGGUCGCCGCGUUGCUGAGCGAGAGGGCCCGUCGGCGGGUGAUGAGAGCGUGGAAGAGAAAUCUCAUCGAAAACCCGCCGGCGGCCGGAUCUCGGAUCCUGGAGGCCGUCCUACCGCACCUGGACGAAUGGGUGGGCCGCCCGUUUGGCGGCCUGUCCUACAGGACGACACAGGUGCUCACCGGGCAUGGUUGCUUCGGUGAGUACCUGUGCAGGAUUAAGAAGGAACCAACGACACGGUGCCAUCACUGUGGUGCCGCCCGGGAUUCCGCGCAGCACACGCUGGUAGACUGCCCAGCGUGGGAAGAGCUGCGCGGAGUCCUGAGGGCGGAAAUAGGUAAUGACCUCUCCCUGCCGGCCAUCAUUAGCCAAAUGGUCGGCAGGGAAAGUGCCUGGAAAGCGGUCUCCUCCUUCUGCGAACAAGUAAUGCUGCAGAAGGAGGAGGCCGAGAAGAUG